AUGGCGCCAGUACGCAUUGCCGUGGAGGGCUGCGGCCAUGGCAGUCUGAAUGACAUCUAUGAGACUGUGGAUCGCAAAGCCGCCGAGAAAGGCUGGGACUCUGUUGAUCUUGUUAUCAUCGGUGGAGAUUUCCAGUUCAAGCAAAUCGGCGAUUUUCACGAGUACUACAGUGGCAAUCGUGCUGCUCCCUAUUUGACACUGUUCAUUGGGGGCAAUCAUGAGGCGAGUAAUCAUCUGUCUGAGCUCUACUAUGGCGGCUGGGUGGCCCCCAACAUCUACUUCAUGGGUGCCGCGAACAUCGUUCGCUUUGGACCUCUCCGAAUCUCGGGCAUGUCGGGCAUCUGGAAGGGCUACGACUACCGGAAGCCCCACUACGAACGCUUGCCCUACAACAGAGAUGAUGUUUCUUCCAUCUACCAUAUCCGGGAACUGGAUGUCCGCAAGUUGCUGCAAGUGCGCACCCAGAUCGACAUCGGCCUGUCCCAUGAUUGGCCGAAGGGGGUUGAAAAACUUGGAGAUUACGGAACCCUGUUUCGCAAAAAGUCAGGCUUCAAAGCCGAUUCCGAUUCAGGAAAGCUCGGAAGUGUCGCUGCACGUGAAGCCCUCAAUCAUCUGCGCCCUGCCUAUUGGCUUUCGGCCCAUCUUCAUGUCCGAUUCACUGCAAAGGUGCCCCAUAUCCCACCUGCGAAGUCCAAGGAAUCGAGUCCCAACGGUCCUCGUGUCGCUGUCAACACAAAUCAUGCCGCUCCACUUCCCCGAAGCAACAUCGACACCAGCGCCCUUGCUGGCCACCAAUUACUUGGUACUGCCACUGGAAAUGAACAGGGUCGUAUCAAGGCAUGGAAUGACUUCGGAGUCCACGCCCGGCGGGCUGAGAAAGAGAAACGCGACCAGGAUGAAUUCAUGCGUAUGAUCAGAGCGAGAAUCCCGCAACCUCCGCGGAACAUUACGUUCGAAGAAACUGCCAAGAUUGGCGGCGGUCCUGUUCAGAAGUUCGUACGUGGCGCCGAUGGAGAAAGAAUUGAAUCCGCGGCAGUCGAUGGUGAGAAGGUCGGAAGCACCGACAAAGUCAGUCAGGAAAACAGCAUUUUAAAUGCGUCUUCCGAGGAGGUGGCCACCGAGGAGGGAUAUUCGUCAUUGAUUGAGACGGCAAAAGAGGUCAAGACGACUAAGAAUGUGAAGGCCAAAAAUGAUGCUGCCGACAAUAUUGACAAGAUCAGUAUUUCUACCAGCCCUAGCAGCGCGGCAAGCGUCAAGUCUCCUCCGGCUGAGAAGGCUCUUCCGAAGGCCGACAUCUCUCUUAAUUGGGCUCAUGAUCGCUCUACUGAUCCCUGGUGGACCGAUGGUGCCGAUGAUCGAGUUGGGGAAGUGGAGGCCGAACUCCCGAGCAGCCUUGCACAGUCUUCUCAACCCAAGGCUACCCCAAAUCGUAUGGAUUUCGAGCGCCUUCCACCCCCCGAUGAUAUCAAGAACGAAAUCACCCAGUUCCUGACCUUGGACAAACCUCACAACCAUGAUGACUUUGUUGAGCUGCUGGAGAUUGAGCCAAUCUCCAAGCAGGAUGCUGCCGCGGUGGAGUCACCCCUUCGACUGAAGUACGACCAGGAGUGGCUGGCAAUCACUCGUGCAUUUGCUGAUGAGCUCGAGUUUGGCGGAGACCCGAAAGGAAGUGUCCCUGCUCAUAAGGGACAUGAAUACUACCAGCAGCGGAUUGCUGAAGAAGAGAAAUGGGUAGUCAAGAACGUUGUGGAAGCUGGGUUGUUGAACAUCCCCACUGACUUCGUCACGACCGCACCCGUGUAUGAUCCUUGGGUUUCGAUUGACACACGGGACCAACCAAAGGAGUACACCAACCCUCAGACCUCUGCCUUCUGCAAUCUGGUCGGCAUUGAAAACAAGUUUGACUUGAGUGAGGAAGAACGUCAGGCUCGCAUGGAAGCCGGCCCGCGCCCUGAAGGACCUCGUCAGCACUUCCAGGGCAACCGUGGUGGUCGCGGUGGGCGAGGGGGCCGUGGACGUGGUCGUGGCGGACGUGGUCCUGGGCGCGGUGGCUACGGUGGUCGUGGUGGCCGUGGCAGCUCUGGUCCCUCGGCCCAGAGCGAUACCUGGUAA